GCUGUCUCUACAAAAGAAAAUCUCUUGCCGUCCAGUCCAGGUAACCCUAGCUAGUUCCCAAAGCCUUCUCGGCCGGAUCCAGCAGCCAUGGCGGGAUCCUUCACGGCCGCCUCCUUCCAGCCCCCCGCCGCUGAUCCCGCCAGCGCCAACCCCUCCCGCUACCCCUCCCAUGUCCUCCUCGACAGAAGAGCCUACUUCGCCGACCGCGACAACGCCACCACCGUGAAGGCCACGACGAGCAGGGGCCACGACGUCAAGGUCACCUUCUGCCUCGCCGACCCGCCUGCCAUCUCCUACUUCUGCGUCCACUUCCCCGGAAUCAGCGUACACGAGUGUUGCGCCACGGAGCCCCGCGUCGUCUCCUCCGCCGACGACCUCGCCCUCCUCUGCUUCGCCUUCAGAACCGGCGCAGCGAGCACGGACGAAGACUCCCAUCACCUCGAGUACUUCGUCUACAAGGCUGCCUCCGCUGGCAACCAGUCCAUCAGACCCGUCCCUCGUUCUCCUCCAGGUUACAGGCACCAAUGGCAUGCGGCCAUCGUGCCCCGCGAGGGCGACAGUUUCUUGGUCGCUGAUCUUUCAUCGAACAGGGACCUCGGGCACUACAACCUGCACAUCUUCUCGUCAGAGACGAACGACUGGAGCACCAAACACCUGCGGCUGCAGGCGCCCAUCUCGGAUGUCCUGCUCCUGCCACGGGACCUGCCAACCCAAACCGACAAGGUGAUCUCUCUCGGAGAAAGCACGGUAGGAUGGGUCGAUCUCUGGCGCGGCAUCGUCGUCUGUGAUGUGCUUCACAAGGAGCCUAUUCUCCGCUUCCUCCCGCUGCCCAAGCCCAUGGUGCACCGCGAAAGCCAAGCAUGGCCAGCGCGGGACGUCACCGGCUACCCCAAUGGUUUCAUCAACUUCAUCGAGAUCGAAAGUUGUUUCAGAUGGGGUAAGUUUAUCCAGGUGAGGAGUUUCAAGACAACAGCCUAUCUCGACUUCCUGGAUACCAUCCAUGAUACCGAGCUCCUCGAGCAUCAUGAAAUGGACUCUUUGGAUAAUGAAAUUAAGUGUGUGCCUGAUGGCUGGAAGAUCCGAACAUGCUUUAGGAGCAUUUCUUGGGACCAUUGGAGAAAGGGGCACAUUGUCCGUGAUGAUGACAUAUCAGCCGACCCACAACAUGCUAAGGUGCUACCUCACCUGUGGAAUAGUGGAGCUCAGAAAUGCAGAUUGAAUAUGCUGAAGACUACACCAGGCUUCCCAACCUUCGGCAUUUAUGAUAUUGAUUUUGUCUACCUCAUGUUUGAAGUGGGUGUUAACAAGAAGCCAUGGGUGUUUGGUGUAGAUAUUGAAAAGGAGUCUCUGGAUGUCAUCAAACCAUAUUGUGCCUCAAGAGCCCCUUAUUCCGAUCAGACCUUCAAGAACACCUUCAUUUCCUGUGUAUUCUCUGCAUAUCUCAAUACCGCUCCCAAGUCCAAGGUCAUGUGAUGAGGAAGGUUCAACAGAGUCUGCUCACAGCGGUGCGCGGAAUGAUCAUCUUUCAUCGGGCAGUACUGUUACAAAAAAUGUGGUAGACUCGUUGUAAUCACCUUGCUACUAUUAUUUAUAGAUGUGUCCAUUUUGCCAUCUCCUUCAAUAAUAUGUAUGUAAACCCUUCUACAACAAACCCAGCAAGGCAACCCCAUACCAGCAAUCCAGUUUGACACAAACUGGGCACGCCAUCUUCAACUUCAACGCAAUUAAGUAAAAAUAUUGUGAA